UAUAGGUCAUGGCGCUGAUGAAGUUAUGGGUAUGUUUCACUGCCUUCUGUAGCGUAGUUUUCUGUGCCUCGCUGUUGUGGACGUACAAGAUCCAGUCAAGGGUAUUUGAGAACAAAAGGCAGCAACAGAUAAGAUAUGUUGAAUAUAUACCAUCAACCACUUCCAUCACAGAGAUGGAGCCAGUUGCCAACCAGGCAUCAACUGAUGGUUUCACCGUGACAAGAACACUGACCAGUAAAAUAUCAGGCGAGAGUACCAACAGCGCAAUUCACAACACCGACAUGGACCCAAGAGGUGACGCCGUUCUUAUCGUGACCUAUGUUCGGAGUGGCUCCAGCUUGGUUGGGGAACUUUUUAACCAAAACCCGGACGCUUUUUACAUGUUUGAGCCCACGCAUGAACUUGACAGGGCAUCCAUGAAGCGACAUUUAACUUACACCGAUAACUCGCAAAGGACCAUGGAAAGUACAGGACUACCCAAAAAAGAAUUCAUGACGGACGUGGUCAAAAACUUGAUAUCAUGUGAUUUUACCAAGGUUCCUGUCAAUGUCUUAGCGCCGGAGUCACCUUCUCACUGGUUUUUCAUUGCUCUUGGCAGACACAUACAUUUAAGAACUUAUGCCUCAUGCAUUUUAAAGUACAACACAACGGCAGAAGACAUCCAAUGCAUCCCACUGAUAAAACGGGCAUGCGACAAAUCGUUUAAAGCAUUCAAAAUUGUCGUGCUCCGUAUGACAGACCUCGAGCCGAUUUUGAGGCAGUUCGAACGAGUAAAGAUUCUUUAUCUCGUGCGCGAUCCACGGGCUUCGAUUUUAUCGAUGCGAAAAUACAAGCUGAUCCGGCCUGUGACGCUUCAGAAGUGCAACAUGACGUGUGAGAUAGUCAAACGUUGCAAGGAACACAUGAUCCCCGAUCUCGUUGCACGCGACAGGCUACAAAGUCGGUUCCCUGGUCGCAUUAUGACCCUCCGGUACGAAGACUUAGCGGACAAUCCCAUCGCCUAUGCUGACAAGAUAUACGAGUUUAUUGGGCGGGAAAUGCCGGCCAAUGUUAGAGAGUGGCUCGUUAAUACUACAUCUGGUAAAAUAGAAGGGGAUGUUAUGUCUGAUCCGUACGGCACAAGUAGAGUAAACUCAUCGCAAACAGCUCACCAAUGGGAGAGAACGAUACAGCCAUCCCUAGGCGUUGAGGUAGACAGCUAUUGUGGUGAGGUCAUACAAAAGUUGGGCUAUGAAUCAUUCGCCAAUAUACAAUCUCGAAAAAGUCAAGAAAGACUGAGAAAGGACGGCCAAUCUAACAGAGUUCAGAGUAAUGCCAAAUAA